AUGCAUUACAAGUACAACGAUAGUACCGGCAAAUACGACCAGACAGUGUCUAUCAACGGUGAAGUCGUCUCGAGCCUCUCAACCAGCUCUGGCCAGGCCCAAGGAUGGGGUACCGCCGUCGAGGCCCAGGACAACGCCUCUAAGAGCACUGUUGCUGCGCACCAGUACCUUGAUACUACCAUCGUCCUCGAUUCCGCUGACCUGACCUUCCGUGAUACCCUCGGCCUCACUGAUGCUGACUCCUCUGGCUUGACGACCUCCGACAAUGGCAAGACUUGGAAGGUGACUACCAUCAACAUUCAUGAGCACUCUUUUUAA